GCGCUCCUCCGGCAGGAAGAGACGAAGUCGCAGAACUCCCGAGAAGGAGGGAGCUACUCCGCACAGCCUGCUGACUAAAACACCCGACAUCACCUCCAAACCCCCAGAAAGCAAAGACCUCUUUUUCAUUUACCCGGAAUACCUUUUUUUUUAUUAUUACCAUAUCCGUGUGAAGAAAGUAUUUCUACAUUUUGUUCGCUCAUUUGCACUUACCGAGAAGCUUUAAAAUAUAUAUAUCUAUUUUUUCUACAAACAAAACAAGAACGCGUCACGGGCGGAAUCGAACAUCUCCUUUUCACCGGUCAAACAAGUUCCGUGUCGCCAACCACGGCUAAAACCAAGCAACCCCGGUGGACCCGUUCGCAGCCUCCGCUCGCUACCCCGGCCGACGUCAGCAGUCAGCUAUGCAGCUUGAAAUCCAAGUAGCUCUCAACUUCAUCAUCUCGUACCUGUACAACAAGCUGCCCAGGCGGCGGGUCAACAUCUUCGGCGAGGAGCUCGAGCGGCAGCUGAAGCAGAAAUACGAAGGACACUGGUACCCGGAUAAGCCUUACAAGGGCUCGGGUUUCCGGUGCAUCCACGUGGGGGAGAAGGUGGACCCCGUGGUGGAGAAGGCGGCCAAGGAGAGCGGGCUGGACAUCAACGAUGUCCGCAACAACCUCCCGCAGGACCUCAGCGUGUGGAUUGACCCCUACGAGGUGUCCUACCAAAUCGGCGAGAAGGGCCCGGUUAAAGUACUGUUUGUCGACGACAGCAACGAGACGGUGGCGAGCACCGGCGGGCUCGACUUGGACAAGGAGAUCAAGAACAGUUUCAACCCGGACGCGCAGGUCUUCAUGCCCAUCAGCGAGCCCAUGGGCGGCGCCUCUCCGGGCUCCAGCUCGCCCUCACCCCCGUUCGGCCACUCGGCGGCGGUCAGCCCCACCUUCAUGCCGCGCUCCACGCAGCCUUUAACCUUCACCACCGCCACCUUCGCCGCUACCAAGUUCGGCUCCACCAAGAUGAAGAGCAGCGGGCGCGGCGGCGGCGGCGGCGGCAACAACAACAAUAGCAGCAGCAGCGGCGGCGGCGGCAGCACCAGUGGCGUCAACAAGGCAGCGCGCACGUCUCCCACCAACCUGGGCCUGAAUGUGAACAGUCUCCUGAAACAGAAAGCCAUCUCCACCUCCAUGCACUCUCUCUACGGGGUCGGCCUGGGAACGCAGCAGCAGGCCAAGCCCUCGGCCCUGUCCCCGAACGCCAAGGAGUUUGUGUUCCCCAGCACGCAGAGCGCCCUCUUCCCUGGUGACAGCGCGCUCGGCCUGGGCCCGCUUCAGUACAGCAACGCCUUCGACGUCUUCGCGGCCUACGGCGGCCUUAACGACAAGUCCCUGAUGGACGGCUUGAAUUUCAGCUUGAGCAACAUGCAGUAUUCUAACCAGCAAUUCCAGCCAGUCAUGGCCAACUAGCUACUAUAAUUCACGCAGCAGCAACGACCAGAAAAUGUGACCGCUAUAAUAAGUGGUGGUGGUAGGGGGGGGGAUUGCAAACUUAAAAUGCACAUUUUGAAAAAUGACGACAAAAAAAAAAAAAAGAA